AUGGCACUCCGGACGUACGGUGACAAGCCGAUCAGUUUCCAAGUUGAAGAGAAUGGCGAAUACUACUGCAUUGGAUCCGAAGUCGGCAAUUACUUGCGACUGUUCCGUGGUUCCUUGUACAAACGGUAUCCGGGCAUGUUCCGCAGAACCAUUACGAACGAUGAGAGGAAACGUUUAAUUGAUUUGGGUUUAAGUGCUCAUUGCCUGGCGUCUAGUGUAUCACUAUUAAGAGCAUCUGAAGUUGAAGAUAUUAUUGAUGGUAAUGAUGAACGUUACAAAGCUGUAUCUGUAACAUCAACUGAACCAUUAAUUACAAGAGAAUCUAAAGGAAAAAAAUCAGUUCCAUGGGUUCCAUCAUUACCAAACAGUUCACAUUUGGACGCUGUUCCUCAGGCUACACCCAUCAACCGUAAUAGAAUUAUACAAAAAAAAGUCAGGACGUUCCCAUUAUGCUAUGAUGACACUGAUCCAGCAAACAUUCACGAGAAUGCUAACUUUUCUGAAUUGUUGGUUCCAAUCAGACUCGAUAUGGAAAUUGAAGGACAAAAAUUGAGAGAUACAUUUACUUGGAACAAAAAUGAAAGUUUAAUAACUCCAGAGCAGUUUGCUGAAGUGCUAUGUGACGAUUUAGAUUUAAACCCUUUGCCAUUUGUACCAGCCAUCGCACAAUCUAUACGUCAGCAAAUUGAAGCAUUUACUAAUGAUAAUAUUUUAGAUGAACAGCAUGACCAAAGAGUUAUUAUCAAGUUAAACAUCCAUGUAGGCAAUACAUCAUUAGUAGAUCAAGUUGAAUGGGACAUGGGCGAAAAAGAUAAUUCACCUGAACAGUUUGCCAUGAAACUAUGUGCUGAACUAGGGCUUGGCGGAGAAUUUGUAACUGCCAUUGCAUACUCCAUUAGAGGACAAUUAAGCUGGCAUCAGCGUACCUACGCUUUCAGUGAGGCCCCACUGUCAGUCGUUGAGACUCCAUUUAGACCACCAUCAGAUGCCGACCAAUGGAGUCCAUUCCUGGAGACAUUGACAGAUGCAGAAAUGGAAAAGAAGAUUAGAGAUCAAGACAGGAACACUAGGCGAAUGCGACGACUGGCCAACACCACACCAGGAUGUAAGUUAACUCGCCUACCGUGA